UCUUAGCAGAGUUGCACUCUGUGGUGUGCUGUACAAUAAUGUUUCUUUCUUGAUGUUAUGGUAUGAUUUUAUAUUUUCCGAUAUAAAAUAUUUUAUUUGUUAUAUUUCUUCCGUAACAUUCUAUAAAAAAUUUAGUUUUCUUUCACUUAUUAAUAGAUCGUCAAUUACUGAUCACUUAAUUGAAAUUGUUUAAAUUCAUUAAUAAGUUUUAAUAUUUGUAAAUCUGACAUAAAUACAUAUGGUAGAAUUUGUUUUCGGUACAUGUGGCAAGCCUAUCACUUAAACAUUUCCUAAAUACUUUCCCUUGAUAUUUAGUUGGCAUUCAGGAAAAAUGGCUGAUAAGCGAAAAUAUAAAAAAUCGAAAGAGGAGAUAGCACGUGAGUUCGACUUACCAGAAAGAAAGUCUAAAAUCGCAACUAUAAUGAAGCAGGAUGGUCAAGCAUAUUGCAUUUGCAGAUCUUCUGAUUGUUCCCGCUUCAUGAUCGGUUGUGAUGGUUGUGAAGAGUGGUAUCACGGUGACUGCAUCAAUAUCACUGAAAAAGAGGCUAAACAUAUAAGGCACUAUUACUGCCAGCGUUGCAAAGAAGAAGAUCCUAGUUUACAAACUGUGUUUCGAGUUGUACCAAUAGAAAAGACUGCAGCGCCAAGUGGCGCUACUAGCAUUACGGACGCUGAUAAACGUAAAAAGGCAAAGGAACAAAUAAACGUACGUGAGGUCAAUAUUGGCGCGGCAACUUUGGGGGGAAGUAAACAGUCACAAAAUCGCUGUGGUAAUUGUGAAGGUUGUCGCGCUCCAAACUGUGGAAUAUGCGAAUCAUGUCGUAUACGUGUGGGUGGGCACAAGCCACGUUGUGAAAUGCGUGUGUGUCAAGCUCCGCCAACAUCAGCAACACAACAGCAGCAAUUGCAACCACCAACUCAACAGCAAAAUGCAGUACCAAUGCCCAUACAAGCGCCCACUCGUCAUAAACGCAAGGAAAAACAGCCAAAAGAACGAUCACGGAAACGGAAACGCUCACUAAGUCCGGAAGUAUUUAUGAAUCCAGAUUUAGAGGGUGUGCGACAAUGUUAUGGACCUCGUUGUAGAAACAAUGCAAGACCACAAUCAAAGUACUGCAGUGAUAUAUGUGGUAUUAACUUGGCGACCAAUCGUAUUUUCCAAUUUAAUUUAUGCAAUUAUUUUGUUCAGGUUCUGCCGCAACGUGUGCAAGAAUGGAAUCUAUCUAACUGUCGGGCUGAAGAAGAAAACAAAAAGCAACUUGAUCAGAUACGAUCUAAACAGGCGGUAGUUCGUUUCGCUUUAGCCGAACUCGACAAGCGACACAUGGAGCUAGAUAUGAUUGUUGAGCGUGCUAAGCAUAGUACGCUAGAUACAAAUCGUACACAAGACAAUAAUGACAUCGAAGAUGAGCAAUCGAUGUAUUGCAUUACCUGCGGUCACGAAAUACACUCGCGCACCGCCAUCAAACAUAUGGAGAAAUGUUUUAAUAAAUAUGAAUCGCAAGCAUCAUUCGGUAGCAUUUUUAAGACGCGCAUCGAAGGCAAUUCAAUGUUCUGUGACUUUUAUAAUCCUGCUAGUAAAACGUACUGUAAACGUUUGCGCGUGCUUUGUCCAGAACACUGUAAGGAUCCGAAAAUUAGUGAGACUGAUGUAUGCGGUUGUCCGCUGGUGGCAAACGUUUUCAAGCCAACAGGCGAAUUUUGCCGCGCACCUAAAAAGAGCUGCUUCAAGCACUACGUUUGGGAAAAGAUACGUCGCGCCGAAAUCGAUUUAGAACGAGUGCGUCAGUGGCUGAAAAUGGAUGAACUUUUGGAACAAGAACGUCACAUACGACAUCUUAUGGCUUCACGCGCUGGCGUUUUAGGCCUCAUGCUACACUCAACUUAUAAUCACGAUGUAAUGGAGGAACUCUGUAGGCAACAAUAUUUUAGUAAUACUGGUUCGACAACGGGAGACGUGGCCACUCAUAGUUAAGCUUAUUUAUAUGAAAAAAAAGAGAAAAACUGGUAGCAAAAUUAUUAUGCAAAGCUAUUGUAAUUUUAUAACAAUAAGAAAAAGCACAGUUAGCCAAACAUAAGCUAAUUGUUUGUUUUCAGAUAUAAAAUUGGCUUUAAGCACAGUACGGAUGACAAACGCUUAUGCUAAUUUCACGUGCUGCACGUCCAUAAAAUAAGUUAAUUUUCUAAAAAAAAAAAAUUUUUUUUUUUAAAUUUUUAAUAUUUCUAUCAAAUAAGUUUUUUCUUGGCAACGUGCAUGCUUAGCAAAAUGAAGUACUGAUUUAAUGUUUUAAUAUAUUAUUUCAAGUCUAUAAAAUAUAUGUACAUAUGUAUAUGCUUUUUAAAAAAGUUGGCUACGAUCUAGACUAAGUAAAAGCAAUUAAAUAACUGCCAUUUAUAAUUCUACUUGAAAA